UGCUAAACUACCACUUAUCUCAGGGCCAAAUAGUGCUGAUCCCUAAGAAAGCAUUUACUGCCUGAUAAUUUCCUGGGUUAAAAUAGUUAUAACAUUUUAUAUGCAAAAAAAACACCUUAGUUUUGCUUUUUAAAAAUCUCGGGAAUAACUACCAUGUAGCAAAUCCUUACUGCCUUCCAGGCACAAUUCUAUGCACUUUGGGUACAUGAUCACAUUUAAUUCUUCCACCCAUGCUUUGAGUUUACUGGAUAUGCUGCAGAAGGAUCCGUGCCAGAAACAAGCCUGUGAAAUACAGAAAUGUUUACAAGCCAACAACUACAUGGAAUCUAAGUGUCAGGCUGUCAUCCAAGAGCUUCGUAAAUGUUGUGCUCGCUAUCCCAAGGGAAGAUCUCUCGUCUGUUCAGGAUUUGAGAAAGAAGAGGAAGAAAAGCUGGCACUGAAGCCCACAUCAAAGUAAAGUUCUGCAGAGAAGUUCAAUGCUGCAUCACGUUUCCACCAAGCGAGCUCUAUUUAUCCUCCUGACUCUUCAGGCCAGGUAGCAGCAAAUAGCAAAUGAAA